AUGGGUGAAACCAAACAGCCGCACUUAAACGGGGCAUACUACGGCCCCUCCAUUCCACCGCCGUCCAAACCGUCGAAGAGCUACCACCGCCCCGGCCGCGGCGGAGGCGGAUGCUGCUGUAACCCCUUCACCUGCUGCUGCGGCUGCCUCAUGAACUGCCUCUGCACCUGCAUCUGCCAGAUCGUCUUCUCCAUCCUCAUCAUCGUCGGAGUCAUCGCCCUCAUUCUGUGGCUCGUUUUCCGCCCCAACGCCGUCAAAUUCCACGUCACCGAGGCCUCGCUCACCGAAUUCAACAUCAACAACAACACGCUCCACUACAAUCUCGCGCUGAAUCUCACGAUCCGCAACCCGAACAAGCGCAUCGGCAUCUACUACGACCGGAUCGAGGCGAGGGCUUUCUACCAGGGCCAGCGAUUCUCCACCGUCGAGCUCCAGAACUUCUAUCAGGGGAAGAAAAACACCACCGAUUUGAGCGCUGAGUUCAAAGGAUCGCAACUGGUGCUGCUCGGAGCGAACGAGAUGUCGAAAUACAACGACGAUCGGAGCGCCGGCAGGUACGACAUCGACAUCAAGCUGUAUCUGCGCAUCAGGAUGAAAUUUGCGUUCGUGAAAUCCACCAGAGUGAAGCCGAAUAUCGAUUGCGAUUUCAAAUUUCCGUUGAGUUCGAACAGCACGGCAUCGGAGGCUUACGAGCCGACGAGGUGCGAUUUCGAUUGGCGUUAA